CCGUCUAUCACACGCCUCCUCUAAAGACAUUUUUUGGAGCAAGGAUCUGCACAGUCACCCAGGACCAUCGGAGGUGUAAAGAAAGACCUAUUGGAAUAGACGAAUAGAAGGAAACAAAAAACCAAGCCAAAAAAAAAGGAGAAGUUGACAGUUCAUGGCUCCACCCAGAUUCCCAGAGAAGAUGUCAGAUGAAUCCAUCAUUCGUAUCCCGCCUCACCACUACAUCCAUGUGCUGGACCAGAACAGUAACAUCGCCCGGGUCGAGACCGGACCCAAGACCUACAUCCGGCAGGACAAUGAGAGGGUUCUCUUUGCCCCGGUGAAGAUGACGAUGGUCCCGCCCCGUCACUACUGCGUGAUUCAGAACCCUGUGCUGCGCGAUGCUGACGGGCGCGUCGAGUUCGACCAACUGGGGCAGGCCAAGCUGAGGCACGCAGACCUGGAGAUCCGACUCGCCCAGGAGCCCUUUCCCCUGUACCCUGGAGAGGAGCUGCAACAGGGCCUGACCCCUCUGCAGGUGGUGUUCCCCAACACUGCCCUGCGGCUGCAGGCUCUGCUGGACUUCGAGGAUGACCAGGGCAAUAAGAGAGUGGCCGGAGAUGAGUGGCUGUUCGAGGGGCCUGGUGAGAACAGCUGCGAGAGAAUGUGUGUGUGUGUGUGUGCGUGUGCGUGUGCGUGUGCAUGUGUGUGUGUGUGUGUCUGUGUGUCUGUCUGGGGAGAGGAGAGAGUGACUGGGGAGGAGUGGCUUGUUCGCAAGGUGGGUGCCUACCUGCCCGGGGUUCACGAGGAGGUUAUGGACAUCGUGGACGCCUUCGUGCUCACUGAUAAGAAAGCGCUCCGUGUGCGCGCGCUGCGUCCGUUCCGCGACGCCGGGGGGGUGGACAGGCGCACGGGGGAGGAGUGGCUCAUCACGCACAGCCAGAGGGAUGCGCACAUCCCUGACGUGUCGGAGGAAGUGGUGGGCGAGGUCGAGGUCACGACCCUCGGCAGCCGGCAGUAUUGCGUCAUCCUGGACCCUGUGGGGAGGGACGGGAAACCCCAGCUGGGGCAGAAGCGAGUCGUCAAGGGGGAGAAGUCCUUCUUCCUGCAGCCUGGAGAGAGCUUGGAGAACGGGAUUCAGGACGUCUUCAUCCUGUCUGAGCAGGAGGGUCUGGUGCUGAAGGCAGUGGAGGCUUUCACUGAGACUCAGGGGCAGGUGGAGAGAGGUGAGGAGGAGGAGGAGGAGGAGGGCGGGGGAGCUGCGGGGGGCGUGUCCCGUCGCCCCGGCGAUCGCUGGAUGCUCCGGGGACCCCUGGAGUACGUCCCCCCCGUGGAGGUGGAGGUGCAGCUGAGGCGCCAGGCGAUACCCCUCGACGAAAACGAGGGCAUCUAUGUGCAGGACAUCAGGAGCGGCAAGGUGCGCGCUGUCAUUGGUCAGACCUACAUGCUGAACCAGGAUGAGGAGCUGUGGGAGAAGGUGCUGCCCCCCAACGUGGAGGCCCUGCUGACUGCAGCCCGGGACCCUCUCGCUGACCGUUCAGACAGAGAGCGCGGGAGGGAGAGUAAGGAGAUUGUCGAGCGAAACCGGACCAGGGUGGUGUCGUACAGGGUGCCUCACAAUGCAGCUGUACAGGUGUACGACUACCGGGAGAAGAAAGCCAGGGUGGUGUUUGGCCCUGAGCUGGUCAUGCUGGGCCCAGAUGAGCAGUUCACGGUGAUCAGCCUCUCGGGAGACAAGCCCAAGAGAUCCAACGUCAUCAAAAGCAUCUGCCUGCUGCUGGGACCAGACUUCUGUACUGACAUCAUCAACAUAGAGACUGCCGAGCCAGCAUAUAUAAAACUCCCUCUCUCCCUCUCCCUCCCCCUCAGGCACUUCGAUCUGAAGGACAAGUCCGACCCAGCCGAGGGGUUCCGGAUCUUCAGCGUUCCCGAUUUCAUUGGAGAUUCCUGCAAAGCCAUUGCCUCCCGGAUCAGAGGAGCGGUCGCCUCGGUGCAGUUUGACGACUUCCACAAGAACUCGAACAGGAUUAUCUGCUCGGCUGUGUUCGGGUUCGAUGGACAGAUGAAGGUGCGGGACAGUUUCCGGUUCCCUCAGAACAAUCUGGUGAUCACGAGCGUGGAUAUCCAGUCUGUGGAGCCAGUAGACCAACGGACCAGAGACUCGCUGCAGAAGAGCGUGCAGCUGGCUAUAGAGAUCACCACCAACUCGCAGGAGGCAGCGGCCAGGUGUGUGUGUCUGUGUGUCUAUCUGUGUGUCUGUCUCCGUGUGUGUGUCUCUGUCUGUGUCGCCCGGAUCGCACGUCUGAUAUCUCUCUCUCUGUCUCUCCUACCCCCCCUCCCAUCCGAGUCACGUGGGCGUCUGGAGAGGCAGCGGAUCACUGACCAGUCCGAGGCAGAACGAGCCCGCAAGGAGCUGCUAGAGCUGGAGGCACUCAGCGCGGCGGUGGAGAGUACAGGUGCAGCGAAGGCCGAGGCUCAGUCCAGGUCUGAAGCUGCUAAGAUCGAGGGGGAGGGUUGUACGAUUCUAGUAAAAACUAAAGCAGAAGCGCUGCAGAUAGAGGCGGAAUCUGAGCUGGCUCGUUUGUCGAAGGCCCGGGAACAGGAGCUGGUCUACCAACGCGAGCAAAACAAACUGGAGGUGGAGCGGGCCUCGCGGCUCGGAGAGAUCGAGAUCAAGAAGUUCCAGGAGCUGGUCCACAGCAUCGGUGCCGAUACCAUCCGAGCCAUCGCAGUGGCCGGGCCAGAACUACAGGUGAAGUUGCUGAAGGGUCUCGGUCUCCAGUCCACUCUCAUCACCGACGGCUCCUCUCCCAUCAACCUCUUCACAACCGCACACGGCCUGCUGGGGGCGCUGCCCAAACCGAGAGAGAAAGGAGAGGAGGAGUGAGAGAGGGGGGAGGGAGAGAGAGAGAGAGAGAAUAUCCAAAGAGUCCAAGUAGGGUCCUCCAGAUUGCAGCAGAGGAAGAUUUAGAGUCAGCCUGCAGCUGAUGCGUAGUUCACAACCCCUGUGAGUCGCCUUGGAUAAAGACGUCUGCUAAUUAAAUUGAUUAACACACAGCAGCGUCAUUUUAACAACAUGCUGCCCUUGCAAUUCGAUUAAGAAAGGCGUGUAAAUUGUAAAAAGCAAUUGAAUUGUAUGAAAAAAAGGAAUUUCUUUCUAUACUCAACAGCCUGCAAUGCUACUGAAAUAACUCUGUGUUGCAUUUGAGAGGAGACCCCUGCUGUGUCCUCCCUCUCACUAAAACCGUGCCUUGUUAUUAUUUUUUUGUUCUGUUUUAUUUUGCUUGCAUUUAAGGAAUAAAGUAACAGACUCGA